CGGCGACCCGACCGACGUAACGUGCGCGAGUGACGCACCAUGCGUAGCGACGUGCUUCGCGUGUGCACCAUACCUCUAACUUAAAUUCUGUGAAGUGGCACUAUUAACCAUACACACAUAUCGGGAAUACCUCCUUGGAUUGCCAAAAACUGAACGACUAAUGAAAGAUGGCGACGUCGGGAGGGAAGCGGCGAGAUGAGGGCAGCGAUAAUUCCGACGACGAGCUUACACCCCUCGCUAACGAAAUCUACGGUGGGAGCCAAAGAACAGUACAAGAAACAAAAGGAUGGGACGUGUUCCGGGAGUUCCCGCGCAAGCAGGACAGUGGAUCCAUGGAAAGCCAGAAAUGCCUGGAAUUCACAGUGCGACUCCUCAAGGUGCUGGCGUAUCUUAUCACCUUCGUUGUGGUGUUGGGGUCUGGCGUCCUCGCCAAGGGCACUGUGCUCUUCAUGACCUCGCAACUCAAGAAAGAUAGGAGGCUUGCUUAUUGUAAUAGGGAUUUAGGUAGAGACAAACAAUUCGUGGUGAGUUUACCGGACGAGGAACGUGUAGCGUGGAUGUGGGCUUUAUUGGCAGCGUUCGCAAUUCCCGAAAUUGGCACCCUCAUCCGAUCCGUCAGAAUAUGCUUCUUCAAGUCAUCUAAACAGCCAAGGAGCGCCCAGUUCAUUGCGGUGUUUAUAGCUGAAUCUCUGCACACGAUAGGGGUGGCAUUAUUGUUCUUCAAAGUGCUCCCGGAAUUGGAUGUAGUAAAGGGCGCAAUGAUCACAAAUUGCUUGUGUAUAAUACCUGCCAUUCUGACUCUUUUAUCUCGCAACUCACGAGAUUCAAAACGCUUUGUAAAAGUGAUUGUGGACAUGGCUGCGAUAGUUGCCCAAGUGACUGGAAUCAUCGUGUGGCCGCUUUUAGAAAACAAGCCCGUGUUAUGGCUGAUCCCAAUCUCAACUUUUUGUAUAUCGCUUGGUUGGUGGGAGAACUACGUUACAAGACAAAGUCCUAUCGGUAUCAUAAAGACCCUGGGUAGGCUAAAGGAUGAUUUAAAUGUAUCCCGCUACUACAUAUAUCGCUUCAUAUCGGUAUGGAAAAUACUGCUGUUUCUCGUGUGCAUUGUGUGCAGCGUAUGGAUGGACGGCGACGACCCCGCUAUGUUUUUCCAGUUAUUCAGUGCUGGUUUUGGACCGCAUAAUAUUGUGGUCGAAGAAGUUCAAGUCACGCUCGGUGGCACGGUCGUUCCGGACCUAGCGAAUGUUACUUUAACAGGAGAUUCCGUAGAAGUGGCAGCGGCAUACAAAUCUGCCUUCUACGUCAUGCUCAUACAAAUAUUUGCGGCAUAUUUUUGUUAUGUCUUCGGGAAAUUUGCUUGCAAGAUUCUCAUACAAGGCUUCAGUUACGCUUUCCCUGUCAACCUGGUUAUACCUUUAGUCGUCAAUUUGUUAAUCGCUGCUUGUGGAAUUAGAAACGGUGACAAUUGUUUCUUCCAUGGAACUGUACCUGACUACCUCUUCUUUGAAAGUCCAUCUGUGUUCACGCUAAAAGAUUUUAUCACUAGGCAAAUGGCAUGGGUGUGGUUGCUGUGGUUGCUUUCUCAAACAUGGAUCACGAUUCAUAUUUGGACACCGAAGGCGGAACGUCUGGCUUCAACAGAAAAGCUGUUUGUGGUGCCAAUGUAUAAUGGACUGCUCAUUGAUCAAAGUAUGGCUCUAAAUAGAAAAAGAGACGACCAAAAAGAUGUUAAAACUGAGGACCUUGCGGAAAUAGAAAAAGAGAAAGGCGACGAAUAUUACGAAACGAUAUCAGUACACACAGACAACACUAGUUCCGUUCCUAAAACUAUCAAAUCUUCGGACCAAAUUACGAGAAUCUACGCUUGCGCUACUAUGUGGCACGAAACUAAAGAUGAAAUGAUAGAGUUCUUGAAGUCAAUUUUACGAAUGGAUGAGGAUCAGUGCGCUCGUCGAGUUGCGCAGAAAUACUUGAGAGUCGUUGACCCAGACUACUAUGAAUUCGAGACUCAAAUAUUUUUGGACGAUGCUUUCGAAAUUUCUGAUCACAGCGACGACGAUUCCCAAGUGAAUCGAUUCGUAAAGCUUCUUGUAGAUACCAUCGAUGAAGCUGCCUCCGAAGUACAUCAGACCAAUAUUCGUAUCAGGCCACCGAAAAAAUUGCCCGCACCGUAUGGAGGAAGGUUGACUUGGAUCUUGCCCGGAAAAACUAAAAUGAUAUGCCACUUGAAAGAUAAGGCAAAGAUUCGACACAGAAAACGUUGGUCUCAGGUUAUGUACAUGUAUUAUCUUUUGGGACACCGUUUGAUGGAACUGCCUAUAUCUGUGGACCGUAAAGAAGUGAUGGCGGAAAACACAUACUUGCUAACACUCGAUGGAGAUAUUGAUUUCCAACCACCUGCUGUCCGGCUUUUGAUUGACUUGAUGAAGAAGAACAAAAACCUGGGAGCAGCUUGCGGGCGUAUCCAUCCUGUUGGUUCAGGUCCUAUGGUAUGGUAUCAGUUGUUCGAAUACGCUAUUGGUCAUUGGCUGCAAAAGGCAACUGAACACAUGAUCGGAUGCGUACUCUGUAGUCCAGGAUGCUUCUCUUUGUUCAGAGGAAAGGCUUUGAUGGACGACAACGUAAUGAAGAAAUACACUCUCCGAUCUGAUGAGGCCCGGCAUUACGUACAGUACGAUCAAGGGGAGGAUCGUUGGUUAUGCACACUUUUAUUGCAACGUGGCUAUCGUGUAGAAUACUCGGCUGCAUCAGACGCGUACACACACUGUCCCGAAGGUUUCAGCGAGUUUUACAAUCAGCGUCGACGAUGGGUGCCAUCCACAAUCGCCAACAUUAUGGACUUGCUAGUGGACUACAAGCACACGAUCAAAAUUAACGAUAACAUAUCGACUCCUUACAUAGCAUAUCAGAUGAUGUUGAUGGGUGGUACAAUCCUUGGUCCCGGCACUAUAUUCCUUAUGUUGGUGGGUGCCUUCGUGGCUGCUUUCAGAAUCGAUAACUGGACUUCCUUCGAAUACAAUUUGUACCCGAUUUUACUAUUCAUGUUUGUUUGCUUUACAAUGAAGGCUGAUAUUCAGUUGCUAGUGGCACAGAUAUUAUCAACAGCAUAUGCAAUGAUAAUGAUGGCUGUAAUAGUCGGUACUGCGCUUCAAUUAGGAGAGGACGGGAUAGGUUCUCCAUCAGCCAUAUUUUUGAUAGCACUUUCGAGUUCAUUCUUUAUAGCAGCUUGUUUACAUCCACAAGAAUUUUUCUGUGUAGUACCCGGUAUAAUUUAUCUACUCUCAAUUCCAUCUAUGUACUUGCUUCUAAUUCUUUAUUCCAUCAUAAACUUGAACGUCGUAUCAUGGGGUACUCGUGAGGUACAAACGAAGAAAACUAAGAAGGAAAUAGAAGAAGAAAAGAAAGAAGCAGAGGAGGCUAAGAAAAAAGCAAAACAAAAAUCUCUAUUAGGAUUUCUGCAAGGUGUGAACAAGAACGAAGAAGAAGGAUCAAUAGAGUUUUCAUUUGCUGGACUGUUCAAAUGCAUGCUAUGCACACACGAAAAAGGAGGCGAGGAAAAAGUACAGCUUUUACACAUCGCUAAUACGCUUGAGAAAUUGGAAAAGAAAAUUGAAAACGUAGAAAGGACUAUUGACCCUCACGGCGUUAGCAGAGGUCGCAAAUUAUCCGUAGGACUACGUGGAAGCACAAAUGGAGACCAUCUCGAUGCUUUGGCUGAGGGUCCAGAGGGAGAUAAUAGUUCUGACUCGGAAACCGACACACUUUCAACGUCACCAAGGGAACGAAGAGACGACCUGAUUAAUCCGUACUGGAUCGAAGACCCCGAUUUAAAGAAAGGAGAAGUAGACUUUUUGAGUCAAACUGAAAUCCAAUUCUGGAAAGAUCUGCUGGAUAAGUAUUUGUAUCCUAUUGACGCAAACAAAGAGGAACAGACACGUAUUGCGAAGGAUCUCAAAGAGUUGAGAGACUCGUCUGUCUUUUCCUUCUUUAUGAUCAAUGCUCUCUUUGUGCUCAUUGUGUUCUUGCUACAACUGAACAAGGACAACCUCCACUUUAAGUGGCCCCUCGGAGUCAAAACUAAUAUUACACUUGAUGAGGCUACGCAAGAGGUGAUAAUCUCAAAGGAAUAUUUGCAAUUGGAACCUAUUGGAUUGGUGUUUGUGUUUUUCUUCGCCCUCAUUUUGGUCAUACAAUUCACUGCUAUGUUGUUCCAUCGAUUCGGAACACUGUCGCACAUUCUCUCAUCGACGGAACUGAAUUGGUUCUGCACAAAGAAGUCUGAGGAUCUGUCGCAAGAUGCACUGCUAGAUAAGAACGCAAUAGCAAUCGUGAAGGACCUACAAAAAUUGAACGGAUUGGACGAUGAUUACGAUAAUGACUCAGGCUCAGGUCCUCAUAACGUGGGCAGAAGAAAGACUAUUCACAACUUGGAGAAGGCCAAACAGAAGAAGAGGAACAUAGGCACUCUGGACGUGGCAUUCAAGAAACGAUUCUUUAAUAUGAAUGCGAAUGAUGGACCAGGUACACCUGUCCUGAACCGCAAGAUGACGCUGCGUAGGGAAACAUUGAAAGCUUUAGAAACUAGAAGAAAUUCCGUGAUGGCGGAGCGAAGGAAGUCGCAGAUGCAGACGCUUGGCGCAAAUAAUGAAUAUGGUGUCACUGGAAUGGUGAAUCUUAACAACAAUCACGGCGCCCCGCGUCACCGGACGUCCACCGCGAAUAUUUCAGUCAAAGACGUAUUUGCUGAGCCUAAUGGUGGACAAGUAAACCGCGCCUAUGAAACGUCGCUAGGCGAUGAAGAUGAAAAUUCUAUGAGACUGCAGCCGAGACCAAACCAGGUCUCGUUUCAAGGAAGAUACUGAACGACAUGAGUAACGACAAAGAAAUAACAAUGCUCACCAAGGACUCUCUUUGGCUAUCAAAUAAAAGCUUUAAACCGUAAUCUCUGAUGAAAAAGUACACUUACAAAAAUCAUUAGUAAUAUACUAAAUGCUCUUGGCUUUGUAAAGCAAAGACUAUUGAAAAAGUACAAGAGCCUGCUCGAGCACAUGCCAUCUUGUUAGAUAUCGUAAGUACUGCAAAGUAUCUUCACGGGCAACUAGAUUGCCAAAACUUUAAACAAGUUGCUAGAUUAAUUGAAUGUAGAUACUCAUUUUGUAAUAUAGAUUUUCAUGCUGAAACCUUUUUGUGGAACGAUUAAUGUAUUGCUCGUGAUAUUUCCAAACCUUUUUCUAUCUAUUGUUGAUUAAGAGGAUAUGGCAAUAUUGUCAUGUCAGUCACAAAAAUCUAGUUUUUCAGCUACUACUUUUAAGACUUACGAAUUUACACUGCCACU